AUGUACACCUCCCAUCCGGAUUGGGCACCAUCACUGCACCUGGGACACACUGAAACAAAGGCCACAGAAACGGCACGCUUGGAGAGACAGCAAGCAAGGAAGCGCCGAAGGACUGAGACCACAUCAGCAGUGGAUGACACAGUGAUGCCUGAGACAACCAUUGACACACCAGCUGAAGAUUCACAACAUGAAGCUGAACCGGGACCGGAGACAGAAUGUGACCUCUGCCAGAAACGGCGCGAUGAAAUCAACCGUCUGCUGGAGGAGAACAGGGCCCUGAAAUUAGAGCUUGGUCAGAAAAAAAUGGAUGAAGAUUCCCUGAAGGGUGAUAAUGUGAGGCUGAGGUAUUACACUGGACUACCAAGUGCAAAGAUUUUCAUGUCUCUCUUAGCCACUCUUCUGCCACUCAUGACACGAAGCAGUAGAGUACUGUCACCCUUUCAAAUGCUCAUCCUCACACUCAUGCGCCUCAGACUGAACUUGCCGAUGCAACAUCUAGCCUACGUCUUCAGUGUUGACAGGACCACCAUCUCCAGAACCUUCAAUAGCAUGGUAGAACUUUUGUACUGCACCAUCACACCUCUGAUCGUCUGGCCAAGUCGAGAGGCCCUGUACACCACUAUGCCCCAUCAGUUUGUGGAAGCCUUUGGAAAUCGUGUUGCUGUUAUUGUGGACUGCUUUGAAAUUUUCAUAGAGAGACCAUCAAAUCUUACUGCUCAAGCUCAGGCUUAUUCAAACUACAAGCACAACACAACUAUGAAGUACCUUAUUGGUAUUACACCAUACGGGACCAUUUCUUUCAUUUCCAAGGGUUGGGGGGGGCGCAUCAGUGAUAAGCAUGUCACAGAGAACUGUGGUAUUCUUGAUAGAUUACUACCCAGAGAUGUAGUGUUGGCUGAUCGGGGCUUUGAUAUUUCUGAAAGUGUGGGACUUAUGUGUGCAGAGGUAAAGAUCCCUGCCUUCACAAGAGGACACUGUCAGCUGGAAGCAAGAGAUGUGGAGAGCACAAGAAAACUCGCCCAUCUCAGAAUUCAUGUGGAAAGGGUGAUUGGGGUUGUUCGGAACAAGUACACACUGUUGUCAGCAAAACUACCGAUCAGCAUUGUGUUGCCAUGUGAUGGUGAAGACGUAACAUUUCUGGACAAGAUUGUUUCUGUGUGUUGUAGUCUUACAAACAUGAGCAAGAGUGUUGUGUAAAGUUGAAUGUGUCCACAAUAAAAUGCCAUGACAC